UUCAGGUUCACCUUACACUCACACGAGCAGUCAGAGAUCUUAACGAUAGUUAGAAAUUAAACAGAAGAAUGAGGAACCUAUGGUACUAUGGAUUCCUGGCCCUUAUGUAUGUAUUCACCACUUGGGCAGUUGAAACAUUUGGAGAACAGCAAACCUCUAUGGGAAAUCCUCUCUUUAAGAUACUUAUUCCCCCACCCCCACCUGGGGCAAGAGAACCAGUGCCUACAGGGAAAAGAGUGCGGAGGGAGGGAGAAUCUCAGGCUCUCUUAGAAACCAUGUCUCUGAGCUAUGGUGGAAACUAUUAUGUUUCUGAAUCUAUUAAACAGGGUCGUGAGCUGGCCGGCGCUAUAGCGUCUGCUCUUGGAGCGCUGGUCGACAUGAAGCUGGUUCGAAGUGUAGUAGAUGGAGUAGUAGAGCGCUUCAGGUCCAGAGAGGGUAGGAGUGAUCUAGGUGUAACUGACCGGGACAGAAGUGAUCUUGAUCUAGGAGAGGGACAUGAUCAAGAGAAUCUCAAGGAAGGAAUAACAACCCUGGUGGGAGCAGCACUGGGUGAGCAGCAGUGCUGGGAGCGGUCAGCUUGUCUUGCUGGAGAAUAUGCAGCUGAACUUCCAGGCAAAGAUGUUCUUUUUAUUGUACUUGACCGCCUUACGCCCACUUCGUGGAUCGGGACAUUGAACACAAUAAAACAGUCUGCCACCUACAUCCAAGACUGCAGCAAGUAUCAAUGUUCAGCUGAAAGUAAAAAUCCGAGAGAAAACUAAACAAAUCGAAGACGACGUUUAUGUUUUAUCAAGUAAUCUAUAAACAUGACAGCAAUAAAAAAACGUUUGAGUGUGUCAGUGUCAUUGAUGAUUUAGUAAAUUCUUUUUGGCAAACAUAAUUGUUCAAAAAUCAAAGCCUUCUCAAAAAUCAAAGCCAAAGUGAAAUUUGACUUAUCCUAAUAUGUACAACCUAUUGUAAUUACUAAUUACCUGUUUAUUCUGAAGUAAACUGUUAUACUUUAAAACCAAAUAAAAUGAAACAACAAUUUAUAUUACUGGUCCCAAUAAAAUUCGUUAUAUUCAGCAUGAAUGAAUCAAUUGUCGUCUUCGAAAAGAUUUGUUUAGGUAAUACUGUCCAAACAAGUGAGAUAAAUUAUUGGAAACACCGUAAAUAAGAAAAUGUCAAAAUAAUUUUUUUAAACAAAAAAAAAAUACAGUUUUUCUUUUGAAACUUCUCUUGCGUACAAAAGUGCACAUAUAGAACGAAUUAUUAGAAUGAACUAUAUUUGUUACAGUGCACAUAUAGAACGAAUUAUUAGAAUGAAUUAUAUUUGUUACAGUGUGCGUCUAAAGAAAACAAGAAAUAACAUUGUCUAAUUCAUGCCUGUUGACUUAUUUAAUUUUAUCCUAUGACUAGACCUAAAGCAUUAUAAUGUAAAGAUAGUUAUUUCAGAGUUGGACGCAUAUUUAGUACUGCCGACUUGCAGCACGUAGUCGUACUGUCUCUGGGCGGUAAAGUAAACACAAGACGGAUGUCACAGCCUGAUAGGGGAUCCAUCAAUGCUGUGUUUUACCAGACAAAAAAGUCAUGGUUUAAUUAAUCUGCAGAGAGCAAUAAUGUUUGUUUUUCUUCAAUCUUGUCUUUCAUUUUUCCACCAUUCUAAGUAUGUCUCUCUUUAUUCGGAUUUUUCAUCAAAAACUGUUCAUCUUUUUUUUAUGUUACCAUUUUACUUAUGUAUAUAUUAUAUUUCAAACUUCGACUAUUUUAUCUAACAGAAUGCGUAAUAUCUAAGGUCUACGACGGUAGCGAAGUUGUAGGGAGUAGAAAAUCAGAGUUUGAGGCAAAGACUUAAUUACUUUCUUCUAUUUAUUUCUUCAUAAAUUCAUCAUUUCU